AUGUACAGUGCCAAACCUCCGCCUUUGGUCUUGCCUGAAGCUGCAGUCCUGUCGGCUCGGAACAGAGAGCGCCCUGCCAGCUCCACCGCUGCAUCGGGGAUGUUAUUGUCCAGCCAGGUCUCGGUGAAAAUCGCCACACAGCUGUUAGUCUUCCGUGAGACGAUUCUCAGUCGAAUCUCGUCCAGUUUGUUGCUUGCCCUGAGUGUUCUUACACAGGAAUUCAACACCUUCUUCAAUGUGUACUACAACAAAGCUGUCACGUGGACAGACCGCAUGGAGUUUGUGAAUGGCUGGUAUAUCCUCAUCAUUGUCAGUGACACAUUGUCCAUCGCUGGAUCAGCCCUCAAAAUUGGAAUACAAACAAAGUUCCUGACAAACUAUGACGUGUGCAGUAUCUUGCUGGGAACAGCCACGAUGCUGGUCUGGGUCGGUGUGAUUCGUUACCUUGGUUUCUUCAAGAAGUAUAAUAUCUUAAUCCUAACCCUCAGAGCAGCGUUCCCAAACGUAAUCCGGUUCUGCUGCUGUGCGGCCAUGAUCUACCUGGGAUACUGCUUCUGUGGUUGGAUUGUGCUUGGGCCUUAUCAUGACAAAUUCCGGACGUUUGACAGGGUCACAGAGUGUCUCUUCUCUCUCAUUAAUGGGGACGACAUGUACGCUACCUUCCUGCACAUGAGGGACAAGAGCUACAUGGUGUGGCUUUUCAGCAGAGUCUACCUCUACUCCUUCAUCUCUCUCUUCAUCUACAUGGUGCUCAGCCUCUUCAUCGCACUCAUCACUGACACCUACGAGACCAUCAAGCAUCACCAGCAAGACAAGGUGCCCGUGUCCCAGCUUCAGGCCUUCAUAGCAGAGUGCAGGGACCAGCCCGAGUCUGGAAGAUACCAGACUGAUGAGGAGUCAGCAUCGUGCUGCCUCUCACCAAGCUGUUGCUGUGGAUGACGUGAGGACUGGUAGCAGGUGCUUUUAUUUGCACAUAAAGGAGGCUUUGUUUGACCCACAGGAAACUGCUGAAGUGAAACGGCUGUAUAGCCACCUUCAUAUUCCUCAUGGCAUCACUCUCUGUGUCAGUAUACAUUGAUUUCUUCUUCAAUUCCAUGAUGGAUAACUUUCCCUUUAACCCUUAGAACACAGAGCAUUUUGGCUGCUUUUUUCCC